AUGACCAGCGGAGCUGGCAAGAUGGUGGAUGACGCCGAGUCUCGGAGGAAACAAAAAAUCCUGAUGAAGUUACUUGAAACUCCAGAAGAAAAACGAGCCCGACGACUGGCGAAGAAACUGGCGAAGGAGCAGAGGCGAAAGCAGGAGCUGGGAUGGGGCGAAGAGUGCCUGGGUUAUAGUAAUGCAGACAACCCGUUUGGGGACAGUAACUUGACACAGCCGUUUUCAUGGCAAAAGAAGUUAGUGAAAGACGGACUGGCGGACUUGGAUGCGCGUAAAAUUUGUAGCAUCAGCCGGGAGAAAUUGGAGAAGAACAAAAGAGAGUUGGAAAAAAUUCGCCAAAUGAGACAGGAGCGCGAAGCGCAGAAGGCUGAAUGGGAAAUGAUGCAGAGAGACAGAGAGAACCAACAGUUCGUAGAAUGGUCGAAACAGGAAGACAGGUUUCACCUGGAGCAGGCGAGGUUGCGCAGCCAAAUUAGAAUACAAGAAGGGCGGGCGAAACCGAUCGAUUUGCUGGCGCGUUACAUAAACCAGGACGACGAAGAAUAUGAUAAUCUUGACUUUGAGAUGCAUGAACCUUAUACAUACUUGGUUAGUUUUGAAAUUCGUGAUUACGAAGAUCUGUUGGAGGAUAUCAAAAUUUACCGAGCCCUGGAAGGUGACAAAAACGAUGAAUUUUGGUCUGACAUUACGGUGAUCGCUGAGGAUGAAUUGAAAAGACAGAAAAAUGCUGCCUCAUCUGAUGUAAUGUUUAUGGAAGAUCGACGCGAGGGCAUUCAUGCGACUGUCAGAGACGACAUUUCGAUAAUUUUAAAAGGCAAAAGCAGGGAACAGCUGAACCUGCUUGAACGGCAAAUUAUGCGAAAGAUCAGAUGCGGCGAAGAAGGAAUCGAUGUCGGCUAUUGGGAAACAUUGCUCGGGCAGCUGAAGGCCCACAUGGCGCGCGCGCGACUUCGCGAACGUCAUCAGGCAAUGCUGCGGAAAAAACUUGAACGCCUGAAGCAAGAACAAUUCGCGUCAGACGGAACCUCAGCACCAGUCGAGGACGAGGCGUCUGCAGAGAGUUCCACAUGUCCUGCUUAUGAUAUGCCUGUGCAGCCGUCGGCCGACAUUCCUGUACAGAAGGAAUCUUCCGAGGUUGAAAAGGACGGCUGUUCAGCGACUUCGUAUAUGGAAGAUUGUUACAGUCCGCCUUACCUAAAGGAAGAAGCGUUGCCGCACGGCAUUGAAAUCCUGGAUCCACUUGAUGACCUGCAUUGUCUGCAGUUCUCGCGUGAACAGCAGCGUCUCACCGGCGUGGCGACGUCGCAGAAGGACGCAGUAAUGGAAGCGGAGGCUCGCAAAGGAAUGACUAGCGAUGAGCUGUCGUUUUCGAUCGAAGCGCCACUCGCACAGAAGACUUAUCUGUGGUCAGACAAGUAUCGGCCACGCAAGCCUCGUUACUUCAACAGAGUUCACACGGGUUUCGAGUGGAACAAGUAUAACCAAACUCAUUAUGAUUUGGACAACGCACCUCCAAAGAUCGUACAAGGUUAUGUUAUUUUUCAGAUAUUCUACCCGGAUCUGCUGGAUUCAUCUAAGACGCCUGAAUUUGCGGUCAUUUCCUGUAAGCGUGACAUCGAUUUUGUGGUUCUGAAAUUUCACGCUGGUCCACCAUAUGAGGUAGGAGAAGACAAGUGCUGGUGUCUGAUCUGGCUGAUCAUUUCAGACAUUGCGUUCAAAAUUGUCAACCGUGAAUGGGAAGUGUCGCACAAGAAAGGAUAUCGCUGUCAGUUCCAGAACGGCAUAUUUCAGUUAUGGUUUCAUUUCAAAAAAUAUCGAUAUCGCCGAUGA